AUCUCAUUGGUACAUUGCUGUAAUUUGCUUCCCUUGGCUAGACGAAGUCGUUUAUGAAGACUCUGUGGGUCAGUGUUCGUUGCAGUCACCCAUUCACCAGUUUCCUGUUCAGCCUGAAAUGAAAAGUGGAACUGUUAGAACAGAAACUGUUUUGAUCUUUAAUGAUAACUCGAAUGAUAAAGAAGAAACUGAUAUAAAUAGCAGCCUACAGCCAAAUGAUAAUGGUCAACAUCAAAGGCUGUCUCCAACUUUGGAUUCCAGAAGUUCCCAAAGUUACUCAAGCAGUUCUGAAAUAAAGAAGAUUUGUAAAAGACCAUGUAUCCUUAUAUUGGAUUCCUUAAAGGCAAGUUCCAUACAGAAUACAGUUCAACUCUUGAGAGAAUAUUUAGAAGUGGAAUGGGAAGCAAAACGCAAAACACGUCGUGUGUUCAGCAAAUCAACAAUGGUGGAUUUCUGUCCAAGAGUCCCUAAACAAAAUAACAGUAGUGAUUGUGGAGUAUAUUUACUGCAGUAUGUGGAGACUUUCUUCAAGGAUCCUAUUGUUAACUUUGAACUUCCAUUGCACUUAGAGCGCUGGUUUCCUCGUCAGGUGGUGAAAAAUAAGCGAGAAGAAAUUAGAGACUUGAUCUUGCAACUUCACUUGCAACAGCAGAGCGGUAGCAAGAGCUAGCUGGACUGUUCUUCCAAUCUUGCAGAAGAAGAUUUAACCUUUAAAACUACUGGAAAUGCAAUCAGAAACAUUUCUGCCAUCAGACUGGCAAAGAGAGGGGGGGAAACCUGCAGAUAUUUAUAAAUUGCAUUUAUGUAAUUUUAAAGUCAAUAUUUAUUAUGAUGCUUGAUUGGAUUUUGAUUUGGCAUGUAAGUGGCGUAAAUGGGAAUGUGCUACAAAGACAGGACAUUUUAAAGCCCAUUUUCCAUCUUGCCAAAUAGAUCUGUAGCUCUUAUUGCUCAUCCUGCACAAGAGGGAAGCACUAAGAUGCCAUCUCAGAGAUGCUUCCUGUGUGACAUUUUUAAGUCUUACAAGUGCUGUAGAAAUCAUUCCCUUGCCUAUAUCA